AAAAGAGAGGCUGCAUUCUCAGACUGACACUUAUUCAACACUGCCACCUUAAGCAGAUUACUUUUGCGCUCGCCUGUGUCAAAUACGUGCUUCACUUUGCCUACAUCCAUUAUGUUUGGGAUGCUCCAGCACCACCUUCACCCCGGUGUUCUUUUCUUCUUCUUCUUAUGGCUAUGCCAUCUCAUGGAAGAUCAAAAAGUUCAAGCUGGAAACUGCUGGCUGCAGCAGGGGAAGAACGGGAGGUGCCAGGUGCUGUACAUGCCUGGGAUGACCCGAGAGGAGUGCUGUCGGAGCGGGAGACUGGGGACGUCCUGGACCGAGGAGGACGUCCCCAACAGCACGCUCUUUAGGUGGAUGAUCUUCAAUGGCGGAGCUCCUAAUUGCAUACCGUGCAAAGGUGGAGAAAGCUGCGAAAAUGUCGACUGCGGACCCGGUAAAAGGUGCAAGAUGAACAGGAAAGGUAAGCCGCGCUGCGUCUGCGCUCCAGACUGCUCCAACAUCACCUGGAAAGGUCCGGUGUGCGGCUCAGACGGCAAGACCUACAAAGAUGAAUGCGGACUCCUGAAGGCGAAAUGCAAAGGCCAGCCCGACCUGGACGUGCAGUACCAAGGAAAAUGCAAAAAAACCUGCCUCGGUGUCCUGUGCCCGGGAACCACCACCUGCGUCGUGGACCAGACUAACAACGCAUACUGUGUGACGUGUAAUCGGAUUUGCCCCGACGUGGCGUCGUCUCAGCACUACCUGUGUGGGAACGACGGGAUCACCUACGCCAGCGCCUGUCACUUGAGAAAGGCCACCUGUCUCUUGGGCAGGUCGAUCGGUGUGGCAUAUGACGGAAAAUGCAUCAAGGCCAAGUCAUGUGAGGACAUCGAGUGCAGCGCAGGGAAGAAGUGUCUGUGGGACGCUCGGAUGAGCCGGGGUCGCUGCUCGCUCUGCAACGAGUCCUGUCCGGAGAGCAGGACGGACGAGUCGGUGUGCGCCAGCGACAACACCACAUAUCCCAGCGAAUGUGCCAUGAAGCAGGCUGCUUGUUCUAUGGGGGUGUUGCUGGAAGUCAAGCACACAGGAUCUUGCAACUGUAAGUAAGAAAACAAAAAGUGAAAUAUGAAACAAGAGAAAUAAAACUCCUCCUCCCCCCACCCCAUCCAAGCAAGAGACAAUGUUCCCUGUUUGUUUUUCCAAAACAAAUACCCUCUCCUGAAAGUGUCCCUUCAUCCCAACUCUUCCCAUGUUUCCCUCACCAGCUACAUCACUCCAGCUAUAGGAAGCAGAAAGGACUUGGAAAUGGAAGAACUUGCAUGACUUUUGUCUUUGUCGCUGAUUUUUUUGUUCUUGUGUUCUUGAUUUUUUUUUCUCGCAUUUUUAAAGUAUUUUUUGGAAAGCAAGUUAAGAGAAAAGUGACUGAACGAUUUAAUCCUAUGUAAGUUGUCGCUAAAAGCCUGGGAGGAAAGAUAAUCUUAUCAAAUAAGCUCAAACACUAGAAGAGACCUAGUUUGCUUGCUGUGGCGCAACCCCAGAGCUGGCCCAAGGCGUAAGGGAACUGAGUUGCUGCUGAGGACAUCCAGGCCAGCAGGAGGCUCUCAAGAGAGUCUCAGUUUGCUUUGAUGUUUGAACUUUGGAUCUGGGACUGAAAUAACACCCAAUUUAACUAUGUUCCAGCUACAAGUUUGAAAACCAGUUAAAGUUGCUAAUUGUUGUAUUAACAGGGUAACAAUGGAAGAGCGUAACGCUGCCCAGUUUAAUAUUGUAAAGUGCUGUAACUUUAUUCAAUUUUAACCUUAAUGAUGAUGUCAUUUAAAAGACCAUUACAUGUGCUUUCAAAUGCAUUUGUUUUGACAUAUAAUAUAUUGCAUAAAUAUACCUCAUAUUUGAGGUGACAUGUCGGUCAGUGGGUAAUGGUCUUAGCUGUAAGUGGGCUCCCAACUCACAUUCUGCAUUGGGCUCCUAAAACCUUUGGCCAGCUCUGGAAUAUCCUGAAACUUAAAGCUAGUUAGAGUCGUAGUCAUACUAGUCGCCUGCAGAAGCAGGAAGCCUUAAAUUUCAUGCAGUAUCUCAUCUUAGAGAUCACAUUACUACAGCUUGUAAAUUCCAUGCUCGCACUGCUUGAUUCUUAGAAACCUUUUUUCUUUAUGAUGUUUUUCUUUUUAUUGCUUUUGACUGUAAUCAAUCAAACGCCCUAGAAAUAUUAGCUCACAACAAGCAAAAGGUGAUUGUAACAUUGGUGUUGCAUAAAAAAGAACCUUAAAGAAGAUCAUUUGGACACUCAGAAACCUGAAAUAUCUAACGUACAUUCCAGUUUCCGAAUAUUUGGGAAUGUUCUUUUUUUCUUCUUAGUUUCUUUCACCUGAAAAAAUCACUUAAGUCGUAUUUAAAGUAUGUAUUGGACUGGUGACCAACUUUAUGAUCACCUUGUGAGCUAAUUACAAAUGUGAUUUGUUACUGUAAACAGGAGAAGCUGUUUUUUUAGCUGGCUUUUACUGUCUGCACUGUUGUAAUUAAAGAAAAUGUAUCAGAUAUUUUACAUCCACUUUAAGAUAAUGAGGGACCCUUCUUUUUUUUGUAUUGCCGUUCUUGCGCUUGCUUGCGUGCUUUUUUUUUCUUCAAAAAUGUAAAUCUAUGUAUAAAAGCAGAAGAAAAUACCUCAGAACUGUGUUAAUUACAUUUAAUGCGUUGGCCACAGCCCUGGACAUUUGCACCCUGACCUUCCAUCUUAAUCAGAAAAAAAAACUAAGCAAAUUGGAGAGCAUGGAGAUCAGAAGAACACAUUUUUUUGGCAUUAUAUGUGUUUUUGCUUUUCAAGAUUCUGCCAAAAACAGAACAGAGCUACUGGAACAUCAUCCCCAGUGUCCUUAUAUCUGUAUAUCCCUCCUUGUGAUUCCCCUUUCAACCUUUUUUACCCCGUUCUGUGGCACUGACUUGCUUGAUUAUAUAAAUGGACAUUGUAUAAUUGGUGAUUCUUGCAGCCAAGUAACACAGACUCUUUUCAUAAAAGUGACCAUUUAAACAACAACUAACAAACAUAAAAAAAAGUGUAAGACAUUUUGUUGUGAACCUUUUUGACAUUCACUGAUAUAUUCUGCGCUGUUGUGAUCCGUAUUCAUACAACAGCUACCAUGUAUUCUCCCAUUUAGCCAUUUCAGAAGACCAGGAGGAGGAUGAGGAAGAUGGGGACUCAGACUACAAGGCCUAUGUCCAUUUAUCUUCUCUACUGGAUGGAUAAGCUCCCAUCAGUAUAGAGGGGGGAACUUUUCUUAGGACAAGGAAUCAUGUCCAUACUGUACAUUAUGUGUAUGCUUAUUUAUUUUUUAAUGAAAAAAGGAAGUAUACAUAUAGUUCAGUCUGCUAGAUGUUUAUUUAUACUGUUUUUGUGUUUUAUAAUUUAUACAUUUACAUUGUCCAGGCUUUCACUUAUCAUCAUAUAUUCCCCCCAUUUUUGUUGUUGUUAUUUUACUUCCCUUUUUUACCAUGAAGAAUUAUAUCUGUCCAAAGAAAAACAGUGUUAUUUAUUUGUCAUUUUACCAUGUAAGUAUAAGUCAUCUACAAGCUGUAAAUUGCAUUCCCUGAGCUGUAAAAAACCUGCUUGUUUCUGUCAAAUCUCUAUCACAGAUGUUUAUGUCACACAUACGUAAAUGCAUGUUUAGGCUGUGUGUUUAUUUAUUGGGUAUAUAUAUCAAUCAUUUUAUGUACAUAGUUUUUUUUUUGCUUGUUUAGAGCUAUCAUAACUGACCAAAGGGGUUCUCUCACUGGUUUGAGCAUUGCAAAUGGUGCAGGAAUGAAAUGGAAAAGAAAAAAGAGAGCCAAUUGUGUUUCUUUUCUCGUACUUAGAAUAUUUUCAUUGUGGUUUCAGUCCUUUAGAUUUCUUUUUAAGACCUGAAAACAUGAUUCCACAGCAUUUUUGUAGUCUCACAACUCUGAAGCACAGUCAAGAUUUUGGACAAUACUUGAUCAUUUUGGAAACAAUGUGCCAUUAACAUUUGUGAACUGUCUUCUUGCCAACGUGCUCCGUAUUGCUCUCACAGAGUGACAGUAGGAUUACUUCUCUGCAGUACUCUACUUUGUACCAGACUGCUUUACCUUGUUUAUUUUUCCGUUUUUCCCCUCUGACUGCAUUUUUUUUAUUUUCAAACAUCACUAGAGAAAUACAAAAUUCUGUUAUGAAUAUAUAGUUUUGUAUUUUUAUGUAAAUGUCAUAUGUACAUACAAAGUUUGAUGGUAUUUGUACAGAUAUGAGGAGUGAAACAAUAAAAUCUUUUCCUUAUAA